AUGUCGUCACUGCCAUGGCUACCAGGUGAAGUUGUUCGUGAAAGAGAAACAUUUAGAUAUGACCCUGCCCUCAUCAUCAACGCCGUCCCUAACUCUCCCUCCAACCUCAUCCCCUCCGCCGAGCUCUGUGCCUCUCCCGAUGCCAUCUUGACCGCCUUCUGUCAACUGGCCGCUUUGCGACUCAAUACCACCCGAGCCCUCAUCUCCCUCUUCGACCGCUCGAACCAAUACGUCGUUGCUGAGGCCACUCAAGACCUGCGCCUUUUACCCAAUGCCAGCCUCACACAGAAUGACCCAGGCCUUUGGCUGUGUGGUACUCGACUUCCUCGUUCCUUUGGAGUUUGUGAACGUGUCCUCGUUGCCCCUUCAAACGAGCAGCCAUCUCGCGAUCCCGCGGUCAACAGCAAUCCCAGCAUUCCAGUCACUGUCAUUAGCGACCUCAGAACCGACGACCCGCUAUGUCACCGACCUUACUGCCAUUCUUGGCCCAAUAAUCGUUUCUAUGCCGGCGUCCCCCUAAAGACUACCAAAGGUAUCAACAUCGGCGUUCUCUGCGUCUUUGACUGUCAGCCCCGAUCCGGGCUGGACGAGCCAGCCAAUAAUAUUCUGCGAGAUCUAGCUCAGGCUAUCAUGACCCAUCUCGAGGAACGACGUGUCACCGAAAGAUACCGCCAAGCAGACCGUGUCACUCGCGGCAUACAAAGGUUCUUCCACGGACGUGCUAACCAGGCCGACAUGAGGGAUGACCAACUGCUUGCGACCGAACCGAGACUGCAUACGCCAGGAACAGACUCUAGUGCGCAAUCUCAUCAUUCCACCGACAGCAGGCCCCGUGUGGACCGCCUGAAGAGCACAUGCGCGAGCGCAGCCGAUAUCACGAGGGAUGCCCUCGAAGUCGACGGUCUUAUGCUCUUGGAUGCCUCGUAUUCGCGACGCAGCAAUCUGGUCAGCCCUACUCCUCUGUCGCGCCUCGACUACUCCCAACAAGAAGCACUCCUGUCAGUUGAAGCUUGCAGCCGCACACUGUUAGAUGCCAUUGACCAAAUCCUUGACUGGACUAAAAUCAAUCGUUUCAGCUCAUCGCUUACAAAGGACGCCAACUACGCCUACAAUGAUAUUGACAGUCGCACCGUGCGUUCAUCCCGAGAGAAUAGCGUUGAGGCAAGCAUGAUGAACAUCGCGUCCAGAGUCGAUCUUCCCAAUCUGGUCGAAGAGGUUAUCGAAAGCAUCCAUGCUGGCCACGAGUUCCAGAAGCUCUCGCUUGGCCAGAAAAACGAUCUUUUUAACGGGCGAGUCAGAGUCAGUGUUCACUUCUCGCCCAGCCCAGCAUGGAAAUUCCACGUACAGGCGGGCGUAAUUCGGCGCAUCAUCAUGAACAUACUCGGAAAUUCGCUGAAGUUCACCACCAGCGGUUUCAUCCAUAUCCAAGUCGACCAACUGGAUAUGCCCAGUACUCCUGCUGGAUCCGACGUCCGUCUCGUAAGAUUGGCUAUUACUGACACUGGGUGCGGUAUCGAUGACGACUUUCUUAGUCAUGAGAUCUUCACUCCUUUUGCUCAGGAGGACAACAUGGAUGCAGGAACGGGACUUGGAUUGAGUGUUGUCAGACGGAUUGUUCAAGCUAUGAAAGGAACUGUAGACGUGCAAAGCACAUCGGGAGUCGGCACCACAGUUCAAGUCGAUCUACCUCUAAAAUGCGCAGAAGCCCCCGAGCUAGUGGCUACUGACGAUGUCUAUAAAACGUGGGAAUCGGAGUUGACAAAUGACCACCUCAAGCGCCUCGAGGGCUUGAAGGUUUCCCUCGUUGGGUUUCAGGAUUGUUUAGAUAACGACCCGGUGUUGUACAACAUCCCAACCGAGAAGGAAAUUAUAUCAUCAACUUGUCAACAAUGGCUGGGCUUGGAUCCCAUUGACUCGGUGGACGACCAGGGCAUUUCUCCCGACAUCGUACUGUGCGAUGACCGCUCUUUCGACAAUGCGGCAUCAACCAUGCGAUACAACAACUCAACGCCAGUGAUUGUCUUUUGUCAAAACGCGGUUAUGGCGCGGAAACGAACAGUGGCCAAUAAUCUUGAUCGCGGACCCAACGCGCAGAAUGUGUUCUUUACUCACCAACCCAUAGGUCCACGCCGGCUAGGAAAGCUUGUGCUACGACCAGUAACGAAACACCCAAAGCAACAACUGUGUCUCAGAAAUCGACCAGGCAAUGAAAGGAGCGUUGCAUUGGGCCAGAAUCCACCAACUCCGCCUGCUGUCAACGGCGAGAGAAGCAAUGUCUUCAGUGAAGACCUUUCGCUUUACUCUACCACUCCUAACUGGUAUCUGCCUCAGCAACUCCCACGUUCCCCUCUCGCCACACCUUCAGAAAAGCCGGAUCCCAUGUGCGCUGAGCCGAGAACAAGUGAACGACUAUUCCUUCUCGUGGACGAUAAUCCAAUCAACCUGAAAAUGCUGGUAGUAUUCAUGAAGAAGCUCAAUCUACCGUACCGCACCGCAACAGACGGACAGCAGGCCGUUGAAAAGUAUAGAGAGAACCCCAAGGGCUUCAUAUGUGUGUUUAUGGACAUAUCCAUGCCUGUCAUGAAUGGAUUCGAGGCAACACGUGCGAUCCGCAAGAUUGAGACUGGCGCCGCUGCUCCAAGGUGUGCUGUAUUUGCCCUGACUGGCCUGGCGUCACAGGAAGCACAGCAAGAAGCCAUUUUGAGUGGUAUCGAUCUGUUUUUGACCAAGCCGAUCAAGCUGGUAGAGAUAAGGCAGAUCUUGGGGACGAAGCAUUUGACUGAUGUUUAA